AUGGCUGAAGCCCCCAUUGACCCAGACACAAAAGGUGAGCUGCAACAGAGUGUCCUGCAGGUGCUGCGGGAGGCUGGCUGCCCCCUGAAGACCUCCCAGCUGGUGAAGAAAUGCCAAGUGCCCAAGAAGGAGCUCAACCAAGUCCUCUACCGAAUGAAGGCACAAUCCCAAGUCACCCUGGUGGAACCAGUGACCUGGCGCCUGGGUGGGCCUGAACCUUCAGGUUCCCAGGGGCCGGCUGAGCCUGGACCCAGACCCAGUAGCAGGCCCACAGAGGAGGCAGCCCAGAGGUGCCUGCCAGAUGCAGCCAACAUUCCACAGAGCCCUGCGCCCUCCCUCACUGAACAACAGGAAAAGAUUUACAGGCUGCUGGAGGCCAAUGGGCCCCGGAGUGCUCUGAGCAUCGCCCAAGCCUUGGGGAAGAAGACGUCGAAGGAAGUCAACCCGGAUUUGUACACCUUGAGGAAGUGGCACCUCCUGAGCCUGGAGCAGACGUCAAUGUUAUGGGACGUUCAUCACCCAGAAGAGUCUGGAAAGAAAACUCAGUCCACUGAAAACACUUCCCAGUCACGGUCCAUCAACCUGAUCGUCCCGCAUGGCUACGUUUCCAUUACACAUUCUAAGGAAAUCCAGAUUGGAAACAAUAACAUCAUGCAGAAAUACACGCUUGGUGGCUCCACUACUCCCUGCCAUCCUCCUUCCACGGUGAUGGCUGAUGACCCCUCUCCCGCACCGGCUGCCCGAGCAGGGGCCUGCGAGCCCCAAGGCCUCCAGGGGAGGGGCAGACAGGUGCAGCUGCUGUGGCAGCCCAUGGAGAUCCUGGAUGAGAGCCCUGGCCACGUGCCCCCAGGCUCUACCACCACUGGCCCGGCGGCCUUGCCCGCUGCGCAAAUGCCUAAGCCAGGACUUCCCCCAAACGGAGACCAGAAGGCCCACGCCAAAUACUGCCUUGAGGGCAGGGCCAUCAGCAAUAGCAAGAUGACUGUCAGCCCAGCUGGUCCAGACGGGGACCACAGGGUGGCAGCCGGGAAGCCAAGGGAGGAUGCACGUUAG